AUGGCGAAGGCAGACGAUCAGAACCAUUCCAGCCAGUUCAAAUUUAAACGCCAAAUUCUCCGGAGCGAUGCACCUGCUGCCUCUCCGCGACCAAGUCUUCAAAGUCCUAUUUUCAGCACCACAGGAAAGCAGCUUGGUGAUAGCUUGCGUGGGACUCAAGUAGCACCUUAUGGAGCGUCGCUACCUCCAUCCGCCAACUCUCAGCGGAGGCUUGUCGUCCACCAGAGGAUGCAGUCUCCUCCGGACGAAACUAAAUUUCAGCUGCCGUGCGCUACUCGCAGCGGCGAUUUGGCCUUACCGGAAGCCGUCAAACCUCAAGCGUCGUCGCUCGGUGAUCCACAAAUGGCUCAAUCUCCUCCAAUGUCGCAGAACAAUGCUCGUCUUUUCCUCGGAAAGCACCUUUCCGCAAGUCCAGCACAAAGGACGGUGGGAAACAACCUAUCGAACAGGUUUGACACGGGCUUCAAUAAUCCUCAGGAUGACAACGCUUCGUAUAUGCCAAACCGCGCCUCGAGUUCUCUGUCAUACACUGUCCCAUCUGUUACGCCCAAGCCAAUUCCAAGUAGCAUGCACAACAACUUCAUGCCAUCUAGCCAUUCCAGGAGUGCUUCCGUUGUGAGCUCUACCUUAGGUCGACAGGACGAAGACAUAUCGUCGAUAAUGAUGCGUGGAGCAACUGAUUUGAGAAACACGAAGUAUGAAGUCGAAGAACAGCGUAGGGAGAUACUCUUUUUACAAGACCAGUUGGAAACUGCGAAGAGCGAGAAGGAUGAGGCGCUCAAACGACUGCAAGCCGUCAAAGAUGCGGCGAAGCACAGCCUUGAGUCGAGCUCUAAGAGCUUGAAUGAUUUGCAAUCAACUCUGACUGAUCUGAAAACGAAAUCUGACGAUUCGUUUGCGGUUGUAUCUGCUGUGCGGAAGUCGUUGCCGGACGUGCAAGAGCUACGGGUCUCCAUUUCGGAAGCUAUAAAGAAUAUUGAGCCACUCCUGGGCGAGGAUGGGCACCUAUCCAGGACAUCAGAAACGAUGGCACUCGUCAGCAAUUUGGAACUUGAAUGCACGAAAUCUCAGCAAGUCUCCGACCUCCUCCGUGAUCGCCUUCAAUCUGUGGGCUCGGAGCUCAUCGACGCCAAGGGGCGCGUUAUCGAGCUGGAGGCUGCUCAGGCAGCUAACAGAGAAGCGCUUCGUGCGUCUGCAUGCAGUGUAUCGACUACCACACAGCAAGUCACAGAGUUGGCCGAGUGUCUGAAGAAACAGCAAGGAGAGAUGUAUGAAGUACUAUCGACAGCAGCUGAUGCUGAAGCAAAACUGGCAGCUUCUAACCAACGCAUGGAGCAGCUGGAGAAUCUCGUCGCCGAGAAGAAUGUUGAACUUCAAGCUUUGCACGAGGUUCAGCAGGAGAAUGCCAGGUUGCUGAAUGCGCUUCAGGAUCGUGAUGCCCGCCUCUCGUCGCUGGGAGAUAUCCAGCAAGAACUCUCUACAGUCCAAUCGACGCUCAAUGAGCGACAUACAAAGGUCAGUGCGCUCGAAGCAUGCGCACUGUUAAGAGAAGAGGAUAUCAGCCAUCUCAAAUCCAGUUCCGCACAAGUACAAGCACAACUCGAGGAGGCGAAGGCUGUGGGCCAGAGUCUUAGGGAAGAUCUCAGGGCCUGCGAGCUCCGCGAGCAAGCAGCGCUCGAGGAGAGGGAGCGACACAGUUCUGAUGGUCGUGCCUUACAAGUCCGGCUAGAAGCCCUUGAAUCUCAGCUUGAACAAGCACGAAGGGAACUAGAGGCGCGAAGCGAGAAAUUGCAUCAAGCAAAUAGCCGCUGCCAGGUCCUCGAGGAACGUUUUGAUGAUCAAUCGGUCACAAUGAAACUCACGAGAGAAGCCAACGGAGACUUGCAGGAGCGACUCGUCGCGGCUGAAGCUAAAUUUGCGCGAGAUUUCGAGACUGCAGUUGCCAAAUUGAACUGUGACAUUGUAUCGCUGGACCAGCAGAAGUUGCACUUGCAAAGCAAGAUUGACGACCUGAGUGAGCAUCUCAAACGGCAGGAGGAAGCCUCCCUUGCUCUGAAGACAGAACACGCUGGCCAGCUAAAGCACCAGGAUGAAAUGUUCAGAAUGAGACUUGAAGCAGAAGAGAAACGGGCCGGCAGAGCAGAGCGCGAACUCGAUACGUCCCAGGUACUCACCGAAUCCUUGCGUGAGAAGCUCUCCGGGCAUGCGGACGAGAUACAUUGUCUACGCGAAGAAUUGAAGAAGGCCAAGUUACCAUCUCCUGCUCAUGAAGCAGAGCUCAAGACCCUUCGGUCGGAGAUUGACGCACUGCAGACAGCAAAGGAGAAGCUUCUGGAAAGAGCGAAGACAAUUGAUAUACGCUACAGGAAGGGAGAUUUGACCGAUGAGGAAAAAGUAUUCCUCAAUGGUCUCAUGCAAACGUGGAAAGACAUUCACGAGAAGGGUCUUGUCGCCAAGGGAAAUGAACUUCGACGACGGGACAAUGUGAUCAAAGACUUGCGGUCCAAAAUCUACAUGUUGGAAUCGAGCCUGGCAAAGCACCUGCAAUUGCAGGAGAACGCCAAGGUUGUCGAGAAUAGGUCCAUGAUUGAUCCUACUGCUUGGAUGUCGGCGUCUGCGCUCAGUAGUUCGCCAGCUGCAACAGGUCCACAAGCGCCUGACAGGGACGCCCCAUCUACGAACGUAGAUUCUACUACAACUGCUAGACCGACUCCAGCUCCUGUUCGACCCCAGCCUAUUCGCACUAAUGCUGUACCUCAGGCCGCUCCAACCCGCGUAACGCCUACUCGCUUCCUGGUCGCAAAUGCAAAGGUUAUAUCUACCGCUCCCAAAAUUUCCGCAGCUGCUUUUGUUUCACCCGUCCCUACUUCUCCUGAGAUAACAAUCCCUAAACCCAUAUUUAGCCGACUCGCCACAGAUUCCUCUGACGAGAUCCUUGAUUUUGAAGAUGGUGCCACUCAUCGACUGUCGCCCGCAGUAAAACUUGGCAAGCGAGACAACAUGUCUUCUCCACCGAAAGAUACAGAGGCCCGAAGUAUUCCGAGACCGUCGAAACGUUUGAGGGCGACGACACGGAAACCGGAGGAGCGCGUUAACGAGGAACAAGUGAAAUCGACCUCUAAAUUGAAGAAGGAGCUGAUGAGGAAUUCAUCUACCCUUUUUACGGUCGAUGCCCCUUUGAAUCAAGUCAAGCGACCAGGUUGA